AUGGCCGCCAACUACUGGGUCUCGACACAGCGCAAAUUCUGGACAUUCACGCCGGAAAAGCUGCUCGAGAUCCGCGACGAACUGGACAGACAAAAUUCCAAAGUUCUUGACCAGUGGCCCUAUCCGGAUAGAAGACUGAUGCUCAUCUUCCUGCGAGACAGAAUCUUACAGCUAGGCAAGAGGCUGCAAUUCCGCCAACAAUGCGUUGCCACUGCCAUGGUCUACAUGCAGCGCUAUUUCCUCUCGACACCGAUGCAAAACGUCAACCUCUACCUGCUUGUUGCGACAGCUUUCUAUCUUGCCUCCAAAACCGAGGAAUCGCCCCAUCACAUCCGCCUUGUCGCGGCCGAAGCACGCCAAGCAUGGCCCGAAUUCGUGCCGGGGGAUGUCUCGAGGCUCGGGGAGAUGGAGUUCUGCCUCAUCUCAGAGAUGCGCUCCGAAUUAAUUGUCUGGCAUCCCUAUCGCUCCUUGAUCACGCUGAAGGAGAAUCAAGAGCUCAAGUUGACCAACGACGAACUUGGCUUGGCUUGGUCCAUCAUCAAUGACAGCUACAUGACCGACUUGCCACUGACCUGUCCUCCUCACCUUGUUGCCAUUAUUGCAAUGUUUCUUGCCGUGGUCUUCUUACCCUCUGCUAAGGCCGCCGGCACACUACGUCCUUUGCCUCAUGAAACCCUAUCAAACCCGGAUGCCGGUCACUUUUCAUCGCUUGGAGUCGGCGGGCGCCAGAGCCUGUCUACUCCUAUCAAUAGCGUCCUGAGCAAUCUGCAAAUGUCGAACCUCAUGGCCACCCAAAGCAACGCCCACCUCAAUGGGAAAGCAUCAUUUCUCAAUCAAACCGAAACACCCUCGCAGCAGCCAGGAGACAGAGAGAAGGUGAUAAACCCGAGCAAGGAUAAUGAGAAGAUGCAGAAUACCAUCAAAUUCCUGGUCGAGUCCGGCAUCAACAUUGAACAGAUGAUUGAGGGCACCCAGGAAUUGAUCAGCCUGUACGAUAUCUGGGAGCAGUACAACGAGAAGUCAGUCAAAGACGCCGUAGCUCGAUGUAUGAAGGCGCGUGGGUUGGACAGCUAG